UUUGAAAAACAGGAAAUAAGAAAGCUUCAGUCCCGCAGAUCAGAGUCAGAAGAGCUCUGGAGUCUGAGCAGCGAUGCUUCUGCCGGGGAGAAACCACAUUUUCCGUCUUUUAUUGGCCACAGUUUUAUUAUCACAUUGGGUGCAUGGCCAGCACUGUAUCUGGUACGGCGAAUGUGGAAACUCCCCUUUACAUCCCGAGAAGAAGUUGAACUGCAAUUACACCGGUCCCGCUGUGCCUCUGCCUGAAGAAGGACAGGAGCUGCUGCAGGAGCUGUGUCCGGGACUGGUCUAUGCGGACAACAGAGUUUGCUGCGAUACACAACAGCUCAACACACUAAAAAGCAACAUCCAGAUCCCCCUUCAGUACCUGUCCAGGUGUCCAGCAUGUUUCUUCAACUUCAUGACCCUGUUCUGCGAGCUCACCUGCAGCCCCAGACAGAGCCAGUUUGUCAGCGUAAAAGACUUCCUUAAAGAGCAAAACCAGACCAGUGUGGGGAAUGUGACCUAUUAUAUCACCCAGACCUUUGCCAAUGCCAUGUUUAACGCCUGCAGUGACGUCCAGGCUCCGUCCAGCAACAUCAAAGCUCUCGGUCUGCUUUGUGGCAGAGACGCCAGUAAGUGCACUCCCCAAAACUGGAUCCAGUACAUGUUUGGCAUCGACAACGGGCAGGUGCCCUUUGGCAUCGAACCGGUUUUCACAGAUGUCCCUGUGCAGGGCAUGACUCCUAUGAACAACAGGACGUUUAACUGCACUCAGUCUCUGGAUGACGGCUCAGAACCCUGCUCAUGUCAGGACUGCAGUGAAGUGUGUGGGCCCACGCCUGUGCCCCCUGCCAUCCCACCUCCCUGGACUAUCCUCGGCCUGGAUGCCAUGAGCUUCAUCAUGUGGUGCUCUUACAUCUCUUUCAUCCUCAUCUUCUUCGGAGUGGUUUUGGGAGCCUGGUGUUACAGGAGGAGCGUGGUCACAUCUGAAUAUGGCCCAAUUCUUGACAGCAAUCAGCCCCACUCCUUGAACUCUGAUGGCACAGAUUUUAUAGAUGAGGCAUCCUGCUGUGAGACUGUGGGCGAGCGCUUCGAGAACGCUCUGCGUGUGGUUUUCAGCCGCUGGGGCUCUCUGUGCGUCCGGCAGCCGCUCACCGUCAUCUUGAGCAGUCUGGUGCUGAUCUGCAUCUGCUCGGCCGGACUCUCCUACAUGCGCAUCACCACCAACCCUGUGGAGCUCUGGUCGGCUCCCAGCAGCAGAGCACGGCAGGAGAAAAACUACUUCGACCAGCACUUCGGGCCGUUCUUCCGCACCGAGCAGCUCAUCAUCACCACUCCGUGGACCGAGGAGGGAGGUUUCUCCACCAUCACUGGAGACAUCAUUCCCUUCUCCCCCAUUCUGAACAUAUCCCUUCUGCAUCAGGUGCUGGAUCUGCAGUUGGAAAUCGAGAAUCUGAUCGCUGAAUAUAAAGGAGAGAAUGUGACUCUGAAAGACAUCUGUGUUUCACCGCUGGCUCCUUACAAUGACAACUGCACCAUCUUGAGUGUGUUAAACUACUUCCAGAACAGCCAUGAAGUCCUGGAUCAUGAGUUUAAAGACGAGUUCUUCAUCUACAAUGACUACCACACUCAUCUGCUCUACUGUGCCAGUUCCCCAACCUCUCUGGACGACUCGAGCCGUUUGCAUGACCCCUGCAUGGGCACGUUUGGAGGUCCGGUUUUCCCCUGGCUUGUUCUUGGAGGAUAUGAGGACUCAGCCUACAACAACGCCACAGCUCUAGUGAUCACCUUUCCUGUCACCAACUACCUGAAUGACACUGAGAAAUUAGGCAAAGCUUUGGCAUGGGAGAAAGAGUUCAUCAGGUUUGUGAAGAGUUACGAGAACCCGAACCUCACGGUGUCGUUCAGCUCUGAGCGCAGCAUCGAGGACGAGAUUGACCGCGAGAGCAACAGUGAUGUUUCUACCAUCGUUAUCAGCUACAUCAUCAUGUUUGUCUACAUCUCAGCAGCUUUGGGCCGCAUCAACAGCUGCAGGACACUGCUGGUGGACUCUAAGAUCUCUCUGGGUAUCGCUGGGAUCCUGAUCGUGUUGAGUUCUGUGGCGUGUUCACUGGGGAUCUUCAGCUACAUCGGGAUCCCGCUCACGCUUAUCGUCAUUGAGGUCAUUCCCUUCCUCGUGCUGGCCGUAGGAGUGGACAACAUCUUCAUCAUUGUGCAGACUUAUCAGAGAGACGAGCGAAUGCCAGAGGAGGAGCUUCAUCAGCAGAUCGGCCGAAUCCUCGGAGAUGUGGCUCCCAGCAUGUUCCUCUCUUCCUUCUCUGAGACCGUGGCCUUCUUUUUAGGUGCACUGUCCACCAUGCCUGCGGUGAGGACGUUCUCUCUGUUCGCUGGUUUGGCCAUCUUUAUCGACUUCCUCCUGCAGAUCAGCUGCUUUGUGUCUCUGUUGGGCCUCGACAUCAAGAGACAAGAGGCCAAACGGAUGGAUAUAUUGUGCUGUGUGAAGUUGUCUGAUGGACAAGAAGAAAAAUCUGAAGGUUGGCUCUUCCGCUUCUUCAAGAAAAUAUAUGCUCCUUUCAUCCUGAAGGACUGGGUUCGCCCUCUGGUGGUGGCUGUGUUUGUGGGAAUGCUGUCCUUCAGUAUAGCCGUUAUUAAUAAAGUGGAGAUUGGACUGGAGCAGACACUAUCCAUGCCUGAUGACUCGUAUGUGCUGAAUUACUUUGGGAAUCUGAGUAAGUAUCUACACACUGGGCCGCCGGUUUACUUCGUGGUUGAAGACGGUCAUGAUUAUAAGACGUUUGAGGGCCAGAAUGCAGUGUGUGGUGGUGUCGGCUGCAACAAUGACUCGUUGGUCCAGCAGAUUUACACCGCUUCCCUCAUGAGAAACUACUCUAGGAUCAAUAAUGUACCCUCGUCCUGGCUAGACGACUACUUUGACUGGGUGAAGCCGCAGUCGACCUGCUGCAGAUAUUACAACAGCACAGGAGCUUUCUGUAAUGCUUCAGUGGUGGACAAGAGCUGCGUUCACUGCAGACCAAUGACCUCUAGCGGGAAACAGAGGCCGAACGGCACUGAAUUCAUGCACUUCCUCCCCAUGUUUCUUUCAGACAACCCCAAUAUCAAAUGUGGAAAAGGUGGUCAUGCGGCGUACAGCACUGCCGUGGCUCUCAAAGACAACAACACUGACGUGGGCGCCACAUACUUCAUGAGUUACCACACCAUCCUGAAAAACUCCUCUGACUUCAUUAACGCCAUGAAGAUGGCCAGAGAGCUCACAGACAACAUCACACAGACCAUCAGCACAAACAACAAGAGCUACAAAGUCUUCCCUUACAGUGUGUUUUACGUCUUCUAUGAGCAGUAUCUGACCAUCGUCUCUGACACCGCGCUGAACCUCGGCGUGUCUCUGUCCGCCAUCUUCAUUGUAACGGCAGUUCUGCUGGGCUUUGAGCUCUGGUCGGCGGUGCUCGUCUGCUUAACCAUCGCCAUGAUCCUCAUCAACAUGUUCGGGGUCAUGUGGCUUUGGAGCAUCAGCCUUAACGCUGUCUCACUGGUCAACCUGGUCAUGAGUUGUGGGAUAUCAGUGGAGUUCUGCAGUCAUAUAGUGAGGGCUUUCUCCAUCAGCACCAGGAGCUCCAGGGUGGAGCGGGCAGAGGAGGCGCUGGCACACAUGGGCAGCUCUGUCUUCAGUGGAAUCACCCUCACCAAGUUUGGCGGGAUCCUGAUUCUCGCUCUGUCCAAAUCGCAGAUCUUCCAGAUUUUCUACUUCCGCAUGUAUCUGGCAAUCGUGCUGCUAGGAGCCGCUCACGGCCUCAUCUUCCUGCCUGUCUUACUCAGUUAUGCAGGCCCGUCUGUAAAUAAAGCAAAGGUUCUAGCUGCGCACAACAGGUUUGUGGGCACAGAGAGAGAGCGGCUCAUCUACUGAUCCACAGCAGACGACGCCAGCUUUUCAUAUUCAUGUUACACACAUUUGUAACUCAUUCAGCUUGACAGACUAAACUCAGGACUGCGCUUUGGAUGAACAGAAGACCUUUCUUCCCCUACUUCUCCUGUCCGCGUCCACCAAAUACACCUAACAGACUUGGUAGAUCCUGACAUGAUACAGUAUAUAGAGUUCGUGGAGAAGAAAACUCUUAUUUCCAUUAAACACAAACCUGCGGUUCUGGUAAACCAACGAGAGCAUGAGGGCAACAUUUGUUUUGUGUUUGUAUGAAUGUUUACGUGUAAAAAAAAUGUUUGACUAAUCCUUUUUUUAUUUAUUUGUGUGCAAUCAUUUACUUAUUAUUAGCAUGUUUCAAUUAACGAGUCAAAUUCACAGAUAAUGAAAGAACCGUGUCGACAAUCUCUUGAUGUAUCGUGAUGCUUUGACAGGAACCAUAUGUUACACAAACAGCUAGCGCUUUAUUGCUAGCACGACCUGAACGGUGUUGUUUUCAAGCAGGAAAACCACGUUAGUCUUAGCUAAUUAAUGAAAUGGGUUGGAGUGGGACGUUUUUAAAAUGUUUACUUACAAAGUUGUGCUGUGCUGCGUUAAUCGGCAUUGACAUGCUAAUAAAGGGAGCGCUAGCGUUAGUUUAGUGACUUGAGGCGCCAGGGCUAACCAAAACACAAGCAAAUAUAGGUUGCAGUUUGGUUUAACUCUCAUAUCCUCAGAAUUUGCCUGUUUAUUUCAAUUACUAACACAGUGUAGCUUUAAAAUGGCUGCUAAGAUGGUUUUGUAAACCAUCAAUAUGGCAGAGGAAGUAACCUACUAUAGUAAACUUAGGAACGUGCAAGGCAGAAAUGUGUUUGCAUACAAAUAAAUGGUUAUUUUUAUGAUUAGUUUGGGAUUGAUAGGGAUUGUGGGUAUGAUGUGAUUUUUCAAAGUAACGUUUUUCAUUAGUCAGGGACUGAAAACAUGGACACUUAUGUAAACGUCUCCAUAGCUUUGGUAAAAGAUAGCUUACGUGUGCCUCAUGGAUAUUAUAGCAGGCUAAAGUUUCUGCUUUGUGCGUAAACGCUCUUGAUUUGAAGAUUUUUUUGGAAUAAAUACAGACUAAUUUGUAAUAAAAAGACUGUUUUAUUUAUCAA